CGUAGAGUAAUGGUUUCUCCAGAAGACAUGCAUCAAACGCAAGCAGAUAACCAUUUGUGAUUAUUGCACUGAACAGGAUGAACUGAAAGGAAUGUUUCACGAAUCAGAUCUGGUUGCCAUUCCUUCAUGCACUGAAGGAUUUGGGUUAGUGGCUCUGGAGGCCAUCUCUUCUGGUGUUCCUGUUCUUGUUUCUGGCGAAUCUGGAGUAGCUGAGGCUUUGCAGGAGGUAGAAGGUGGAAAUUCUGUUAUUGUAGAAUCAGAUGAUGAUGAUGUUGAAUGGGCACGAAGGAUUAGUGAGGUGUCCAGCCAAAGUCCAGAUGAGAGAGAUACCAAAGCCAGGCAGCUCAGAGAGAACUACAGGAAGGUUUAUUCUUGGAGAAAGGAAUGUGAGACGUUCAAAGGUCUGGUUGAAAAUGUUGUGAAAACUGCAGAUGAUGGAAAAUCAAAUGUUAAGGUUGAUGUGGAACACGUGAAACUUGCAGAUCAUGAUUCUUCUAGUACGCCUUCAGUUUCCACAAUGGAGCCAGCAGGAUGUCAGAAGGCAUCCACACCUCCAGGCACAAACAGCAGAAAAAGACAAUCUGAUACAGAUUUAGGAGAUCUUCAACCACUUAAGGAGAAAAUCCUAUGCCGAAUUGCUAUGAAUUACCUUGAUACUACACCACCACAAUCCAGUGAAGAGCAUAACAAGUUUAUGGAAUACUUAAAAAAAAUGAGAGUUGUCAUCACAGGUGUUUCUGUAGGAAGUUUGGUGAUAACAGUUAAGUGUGAUUCUCUCAAGAGCUUGGAGGAAUUAUGGGAAGAUUACUCAUGCAGCCUUUUGAAUAAGAUGGUGCAAGAUUGUUUUGUGACUGUAAAGAUCUUGAAGGAACUGAACCUGACAGAACUGAAGCUAAAAACAACAAUGGACACAGAAGAGUACAAUGCAUGCAAAGUGUACUUUGGGAAGGAUGCAAUUAGAGGUCAGUAA